AACAGAUAUACAUUAUUCGCGAAUAUUCGCAAAAUCUAAAUAUGUUAUAAUUUUAUUCAUCACUUUCAUCGCUUAGCCAGGCAUCUGUUACACAGAAGUCAACGAAAAUGUUACACUCGUUGGAAAUUGAUGAAAAUUACGAAGUGAAGCUGCACUUUCUUGUUACCGGAUAUACCAGAGUCUUCCAGAAUAUCAUAUUUCAACGCAAAUCUUCCUGGGAAUCCAGAACUGGGCAGGAUUUUUUUAAUUUCCUCCAAUCCCAGAAAAAAAAGUGGAACCCUGUGGAACUAAAUUUACUAAGUAAGAGGGAUCUCUCCACUUUAGAUGCAUCAAUUUCUGCCAAAAUUUUUCUUCUUCCUGGUUCAUUUUGGAAUCCUUAUCAACCACCGUUCAGCUUCAAUUCGGCUGAGGAGGAUGCAAUUAAGACACUCCGGCAAUUACGUAACGACAUUAAACAUCGAGAAGGAAUUAUCGUUACUAGGGCUGAGUUUGAUAAUAAUUGCACAAUUGUGGCGGACAAUUUGAAAGUUUUGAACAUACUUGAAGAUCAAAUUAAAUUAAUUCUGGAGGAGACAAUGACUCAAACUGUCGUGGACAGAAACAAGGUCAAGUCCCAUAUUAAUCAGCUCAAGGAAACCUCUUGGAAAUAUAGAACCCUCGAAAUCUUAGGUUAUGGAGCCUUCGGUGUCGUAAUUAAGGCCGAAGACAUUCUUGUCAAUAUUACAUCAGCCAUCAAAAUAAUACCGGAUCGACCCCUGUGUCCCCAGCUAGACGACGAUAUCGAUGUUCUUCGCGAGGCUAAAAACUGGGCCUCAUUAAGGCACGAAAAUAUUGUCAAGUAUGAAAAUUCGGACUAUUUCCGCCUUUGGCCUCGUAAACUCAAACAAAUUUUGGAUUUUGAUGGACCUGGAGGAAAGAAAUUAGAAACAGUCGAGUAUUUAUCGGCCUUAUUGAACAGUUCGGAAAAAAUCAUUACUGGAUUGUACAUCCAGACUGAGGUAUGUGGCCUUACCUUGCGAAACUGGAUAGUUGACAAUGGUCCACGUGACUUGUUGACACGAAAAGGAAUAUGUCGCGGAAUAAUCGAUGGGGUUAACUAUAUCCAUUCGAAGGAAAUUAUACACCGGGAUCUGAGACCGGAAAAUAUAUAUUUCGUUCACGAAACAGGUUUCUCGAUUCCUAUCAAAAUCGGAGAUUUCGGUCUUUCAAAUCGACUCGCACUGGAGCACACUUCCAUGACGCAAACAAAGGAUUUGGGGAGUGCAUUAUACCGCGCGCCGGAAAUGUGUACACCGCAUCAGGAGAAGCCAGGAAAAGCGAAGUAUGGCAGGGCCGUCGAUGUUUACGCAUUGGGUUUAAUUAUUUCCGAGGUUUACGAUCCACAACCAAUAACUUCUCUACUGUCGGAAAAAUUUGGUAAAAUAAAGUGGCUAAGAAAUGCUGGAGAAAAUAUAACUAGAGAACAUCCCGAAGUGGGCAAAUUAAUUGUUAAGUUGGCCAGUCAAGAUCCAAAUGAUCGCUUGGACAAGAGCGUAUCAGGGUGUCUUAUGCCAAUUCGUGCCAACUUAUUCGCUACUACUUUGGACGUGUCGCCUGAGGAUAGUGAGUUAUCUGACGACGAUGACGUCUUAACACGCAAACUAUCGGCAUUAAGAGUGACAGGAUAUGCAUACGGAGAACCUCGUGGCCUUGCUGCUCGUGGUUUAGACUACGACAGUUCAUCCAGCUACAGACCAACUCCAGUCACGAAAUCUGGACAGUGGCAAGGUAAUAGUUCCAAAGAAAAUCUGUCCAGCAAACGAGUUGAUUAUGAAGAAGAGGAUGCUUGGAAAUCGUAUCAUCGGGAUCGCGUGAGAUCCGAAUCUCCCGGUCCUUCACACCGGUUCUCAGAAGAUCCAACUAGACCAACAGUUCAUCCUUCAGACAGGAUCAGUUUACACGGUGUAACACUAACUCGAGAAGUUGAAUCCCGACCCAGACAAUUGCAAAGUCCGAGACAGCAGAUAGAGCUUAAUUAUACGCAGAGGGACUUUGAUAACCAAUAUUAUCAUGGUGGCAUCUCAUCGGGCUCCGACUACGCUCCCUCCGAGCGUUCUCCUGGUUCAUCCCGAGAUUACUCUGGAUCUCUUGAUGAUGAUGACGUUGGCUAUGAAAGUGUAGACUCGGGAGGACACCUCUCCGAAGAUAAUAAAUCUCUUCUCGCUUUUCGGAAACUACUGCAGCAAAACAAACAAAUUUGGACUGAUCAAAACAUGGCCAAGUUUUUUAAUUUGUUGGAACGUACGGAUAAACAUGGUCCUAGGGAUUUUGGCUCUGCAAAUAUACGGAGUGAUGUGAACCGAAACUUAUACAGAAUCUGUCGUAGUCAACCUUCACUUGUGACUAAAUCUAAUUUAAAGAAGGUACUGAACAACUGUGGAUUUCCAGAUCUGGCAGAAAAAGUCGACAAUAUUCUAUUUGGAUAAUUCUUACGCCGAUGGGAAAUUAAUAUUAAUACAUGUCACAUUAAUUUAUUUGAACAAUGGUAGUUAAAGUUGUAUACAUAUUUAUUAAGCCAACAUGUGUUAACAUUGUACGCAGACUUGAAUAUUUGAGCGGAACAAGUUUUACAUAGUUAUUUAAUAAACUUGCCAUUUUUAGCAAUCCAUCUUAAGGAAUCAGAUUGUAAGGCAACAAAUUAGUUUUGCAUAUGGAGCUAGAUUUUAAUUACGAUACGAUUUAAUACAUGAAAUUCAAAAUAUCACAUCAAAGUCCUUAGUACAAUAAAUGCAAAUAUAAAAACAUUGAAUUAUA